AUGAUUGAAAUUUAAAUAGCAAUUGUUUAAUAGAAUGCAAUUUUAAGUAUGUAUGUAUCGUGGUCAGAAUUUUUUGGUAAGAAUUUAACAAAUUUCUAUUGUUCUAAUAUUUAGAUUUAUAGUCAUUAUAUCGUCAUUAAUAAAAAUUUCUUAAUUUUACUGAUGUCUUCAAUGAGUUAGGAGCCAUAAUUAAGAAAACAGUCUGAUGUUACUGCUACCUCUUAAUACUAUCUUAAAGAUCAAGAAUAAGAACAAUCCUACGAUGUUUUACCACCUCCUCCCCUUUUUAAAUUCUAGUAAGAAUUAAAUAUUAUUGUAGAAGCCAUUAUUCCGAAUAAUAGUACUGUUGCAACGAGAUUAUGUAAGAUGUUGAUGUUUAGGAAUAAGAAUAAGAAUUUGGAAUUUCUAUAUAUAUUAAUUAAGGAGAGGAGAAACUUUAAACAACUAAUUUCUAGCAACUCGAAUAAAACAAUACUAAUAUUUAGAAUAAUAACUUUAAGGAAAAGAGAAAUCGACGAACGACACAUUAUAUGGUAAUCGAUUUGUUAUCAUCAUUUUAGGAAUUUUUUGAUAGAGAUUUAGAUGAACAUAAUUUAAACAAUUCACCUUGUAAAUGUAGUAAAUCACAUUGCUUAAAGUUGUAUUGUGCUUGUUUCCAUAGAAAUGUUGAAUGUUCUGAGCUGUGCAAAUGCCAUGAUUGUCAUAAUAAAUCAGAUUAUUCUUAAAUCAGAACAUAGGCUUUAGAGAAAGUUAAAGUAAAAUAAUAGAGAAGAAAACAUGAUGAUGAUUUAUUUGAUAAGGCCACUGUGUGGGGAUGCUAGUGUAGAAAAUCACAAUGCAAAAAAAAUUAUUGUGAAUGUUUCAUUAGGAAUAAAAAAUGUUCAUCUCUUUGUAAAUGCAAUAAUUGUGAGAAUAAAAGGAAGAUGCCAAACAUCAAAAAAAUAAUCAAAUGCGAACCUUGA